AUGAGCACCCCCAUCUUUAUCACUGUACCGACCAAGUACAUUCCAAUAAACGUGGCACCGGCGGUUAUGGCAAAGCCGUCGACCACACCAACUACAACGCGCCGCCUGGAUCAUCUCACAUGGGAGGAAAAAAUUCAACGAAAGAAGCUAAAAAAUCGUGUUGCUGCACAAACAUCUCGCGACCGAAAGAAGGCCAAAAUGGAAGAAAUGGAAAAUACGAUCCAGGAACAGUCGGAACAGAUUGUGCAACUGCAAAACCGAUGCAGUUCACUGGACACCGAGAAGGGUGCUAUCUACGACAAGUAUCUGGAUCUUGAGCGACGGUUCGAGGAUCUGCAAAAGCGCCUGCUAGCACAGGAGCAGAAGCUGGUGAAAGAAGAACCGCAGGAAGACGACGUUGUCGCUGGUGACAGUGUGGGUUGCGUUACUGCCGGGCGCCAAACGGGAUCAGCAGCAUCCCCAAGAUGCCCUCAGCAGCAGGGACUGUACAAGUGCGGUCCGGCGGAAGCGCAAACGACACUGUCACCGACAGCGAACGAUCCGCGGCUAGCGGCCCUCUUGAAGAUCAUUGCGAUCUGCCUACUCUACAAGACAUGUUCGAAAAUUUCGACGUGUCCCACCUCGAAGAGCUUGCCGAAAGCCUACUCGCAGGUAUCGGUGCAGACCUGGAAGACAUUGAUCACGCAAGCCGCCCGGCUGAUGCCGAAAGCGAGCGCACCAGCCAGCGCCUGCCUGGAUCAAUGGUGGGGCCCACAGCAGCAAUCGUGGAAUCCAGUCGACCGGAGACCCCUACGGGGAAUCGAGCAGGAGGAGCACGAAACGUGUCCCGAUCCUGCGAUCACCUUACAGAAUACGCAACCUGCAGCGAUUCUACAGAAUAGUGAUACACUCUACGGCACGUACGAUAACGAAACGAACUGCAUAACGAUCGUACUGGCAGACGAUGAGGCAGUUAGCGAAACGACAGUCACUUGCAUGGAUGCACAAGAUGUCGACGGGCCAAGCGAAGAAUUAAUCUUGCUUGAACAGACAGAGCAUUCGGAGGAAGAGACAAUGGAAACAACCGUCAGUCAGUCACCUCUCUCGUCGGAACCCUUCUCGCCACUUGCUCCCAUCACAAUAAGGUCACCAUCGCCACUGCGGGAUCUCCUUUCGCCGAUUGCGCUGCAACCGCUCAAAAGUCCUGGAGGAUUCUCUAGCGUUUCUGACGCCGGAUACGAAUCGCUCGGCUCGCCUACUCCGGUCUCAAAUGCCAGCGAAACGAUACCAUCCGAUCCCUGCACGAUGUCUCUUGAUUAUGCGUUAAGCGAUGAUUUUAACGAGUUUUGGAAUUUAGAUCCACUAUUUCCAAUUUUGGAGUAG